AACAAAAAAAUGGAAAAAUAGGAAUUUGAGAGAGAGAAAGAGAAGUAAGUGGGUCCCCUUCAAAAGAGACCUAUAAACACCGAAAACACUCUAAAUGUGGCAAAAGGAGUCAUGCAUAACUCUAUAUAGUAUACAGAGCCAUGCAAGGUUGCCGUUUCCAGCCCCUUCUGCCAUUUGGGGUAAAACGCUCUUUCACGCUCCUUUAUCUUCUCUUCUCUAAAUUUGGUAAUCUCUUACCCUCUUUCCCAAGUUUAUCACAGGCCCCAAAAUGGGCAAAUAUUGAACCUGGAAAAAGGGGAAAGGAAGGAAGGGGCAAAAAGAGGCAAGAAGGGUUGCGGGCUACAAAAACAAAGGGAAUACCAGAAGGGUUUUUCGUUUUAUUUGGGGAUUUUUGAGGAUUUCGAUUGAAACAUUUCAAUUUUUGGGGGUUUUGAUCAACUGGGUGUUUGUGAUUUUGGGGUGUUUUGAAAUGGGUCGAGGGAAGAUUGAAAUCAAAAGGAUUGAGAAUGCUAAUAGCAGACAAGUUACAUUCUCGAAGAGACGAGCUGGGUUGCUUAAGAAGGCUCAAGAACUUGCUAUUCUUUGUGAUGCUGAAGUUGCUGUUAUUAUCUUCUCUAAUACUGGCAAGCUUUUCGAGUUUUCUAGUUCUGGCAUGAAACACACUCUUGCAAGAUACAACAAAUGUGUAGAAUCUUCAGAUGCUACAGUAGACGUGCACAAGGUUGAGAAGCGAGAGCAUGAUGAGGUAGACAUUCUACGAGAGGAAAUAACAACUCUGCAAAUGAAACAAUUACAGCUAUUGGGAAAGGAUCUCACUGGCUUAGGCUUCAAAGAGUUGCAAAACCUGGAGCAACAGCUAAAUGAAGGGCUACUACUGGUCAAAGAGAAGAAGGAACAGUUACUGAUGGAGCAACUAGAGCAAUCAAGGGUACAGGAACAACGAGCAAUGCUUGAGAACGAAACACUGCGGAGACAGGUCAAUGAGCUUCGGUGUCUGUUUCCGCCGGUUGAUUGUCCCCUUCCAGCCUAUCUUGAAUACUGCUCCCUAGAGCAGAAGAACAUUGGCAUUAGAAGCCCUGAUAUGGCUUGCAACUCUGAAAUUGAAAGAGGAGAUUCAGACACCACCUUGCACUUGGGGCUGCCAUCUCAUGUUUAUUGCAAGAGAAAGGAGAGUGAGAGAGAUACUCAUUCAAAUGAUUCGGGGGCUCAGAUAGGCAUAUUAUGAUCUCUCUCUCAUUCAUUCUGAUUAAUUAGAAUGGGCUGCACAGACACUGACAAGACGAACAGUGAAAACCAGUUUCAUCUCCACCUUCAGAAGCUGCAAAUAUUCAUUAGGUGACUUUGAAACCAUUGAAACAGAGAGAAUUAGAAAUCUUCAUGUAGGAGAUGAGAGUAGUCUUGAAAUGGCAUUGUUGUGGUUAGUUUUAUUAGAUUUGGGAGUCAUUUGUUAAGAAAUUUACGAACUCUAGUCCCCUUCACGUGUAGCUCUGCCUAAAGAAGGAAUAUUAGCUAUUCUUUCUAGGCUAUUCGUUAGCUGAAUCUGUAAUUUUUUCUGCCUCACUUCUAUGGCUGAAUCAAAUUUGAAAUGCCAAUCUAAAGUUUCAAUGUGUACUGAA